CAAGUUUACUACAGUAGUUGUUGUGGGAAUGUUGGCUUCUUCUGCGGGGAGAGUUGGAUAAACUAAUGAGUUUAGAGGAUAUUAUUAACCAAGCUUUCCAGAAAAAUGCCGAAAUGUAACAAACGCGCAUAGUUUGUGUUUUUGACUUGAAAUUUAUUCUUCUAGAUGAGGAGCUUGGUCAACUUGUAGGUUCCUGCUUGAAAACGAAGCCUUUAUGGUCACAUAGCUAACAAAGAAAACGAUAUGCUAUCUGAUGACUUUUUACAGAUAUAUCCUCGUUUGUGUUGUCUUCCAAGCCCUCUAAGCUUUCUAUUAUUCUACACUUUGUUUUUCCUUGUUUGUGUCGUGAGUCAAUUAAAAUAGGCUUCCAAACCUAUGCGCGUUGUUGCAUUAAUUUGAUUUCCAGGAAGCUGACACUCAUCGUUUCCUCCAAACACUAUAAAUACCACGCACAACUCUGCCAACAUUCACAAACAAAACACUCUUUGCUCAAUUUCAUACUUUAGAGUUCAGCCAAAAGCUUCGAGAAAAAAAAAAAAAAAAAACUAAGCAUUUCAUUUCAAAGCUUUCUAGUGAAAGAAAUUCAGAUGGCAGAGAAGAACCAGCAAUUCGCAGCAGCCAAUGGCUACUCCAGAAACGAUGCAGAAUCUGCCACAUUGCAAUCCGAGGAGGAGCUGAAACGCCAGAAGAGAAUCAAAAUGGCCAUAUAUAUUAGUAUUUUUGUUGUUUUUCAGAUCAUAGUUAUUACCACAAUGAGUUUGACUGUGAUGAAAGUUAAGACCCCCAAGUUCAGGCUAGGCAGCGACAUCAACGUCCAAAGCUUCAAAUCUGUCCCCGCAACGCCUUCAUUCGACAUGAAAUUCACAACCCAAAUCAGGAUCAAGAACUCAGCCAACUGGGGUUCCUACAAGUUCAAUACUGCCAAUGUCACGUUUCAAUACCAAGGUGCGACUGUGGGAGUAAUUGAUAUCGCAAAGGGCAAGGUUGGAUGGCUUUCGACCAUAAAAAGAAAUGCGGAGGUGAGUUUGAGUUCAAGUGGAUUAACUGGUUCAAAUCUUGAAAGCGAAUUGAGCAGCGGGGUGUUGACGCUCAAUAGCGUAGGCAGAUUGAAUGGAAAAGUAGCAAUUAUGUUCAUAAUGAAGAAGAAGAAGGCUACCAACAUGAACUGCACCAUAGCUUUCGAUGUGGCAGCCAAGACCCUCAAAUCUUUAGAAUGCAAGUGAUCAGCCAGCAUUUAAUUUUCAAGAUGAAGAGUAGCUCUUCAUUUGUGAUUCUGUUUUAUUAUUAUUUUUUUCAUUUUUUAGUUUUGCUAUAUGUUUGAAUCCUUUGAUUUUUUGGCUAUAGAAAAUGGUAUUGAUUCAUUUAUUUUUAACCACUGAAGGCACUCCCUGUAUUUCCUUAUUUCCUUUCUUUUUAUACAAUAGUGAACACAGAAAACAUACAAAAUGCUUGAUUUCCAUAAA